AUGUGGGUGCGAAAUGGUCACGCCAUGUGUCCCUCACUGAAGAGUUAUGUUCGGUGGCAAGACUGGCGGAGAGCUACAAUUUGUCCGACGAUGCUGGGAUAUUCAUAUCCGGGUUGCCAAACAGCUACUCGAUUUCGAACGGUAAAGAUAACGGCGAUGUCGUCGGGAAACAAACCGAAGAAUCCUAGAAUCCUGUGUCUUCACGGAUUCAGGACUAGCGGUCGGAUUCUCCAAGCCCUCAUAAGCAAAUGGCCGGAGACAAUUCUCCGAGAUCUCGACCUCGAUUUCCUUGACGGUCCAUUUCCGGCCACCGGGAAAUCGGACGUCGAGCGGUUCUUUGAUCCGCCGUAUUACGAGUGGUACCAAGCUAGCAAGGGUUUUAGAGAAUACAGGAAUUUUGAAGAGUGCUUGGCUUAUUUAGAGGACUACAUGAUAAAGAAUGGACCUUUUGAUGGUCUUCUUGGUUUUUCCCAGGGAGCAUUUUUAUCUGCAGCUAUUCCCGGAAUGCAAGAAAAGGGAACGGCUCUAACUAAAGUCCCAAAGGUGAAGUUCUUGGUGAUCAUAUCCGGAAUAAAAUCUCCAGGGCUGAUAUUUGGACAGCCUAAAGCUGCUGUUGGUGCGUUCUCAUCUCCAGUUCGUUGUCCGUCACUCCACUUGAUAGGCGAGAGGGAUUUCUUGAAACCAGAAAGCGAAGUUCUUGCGGAAUCAUUUGUGGAGCCGGUGGUGAUCCGCCAUUCAGGUGGACACAUCAUACCGAAACUUGAAAGUAAGGCUGAGGAGGAGACAGUGUUGAGCUUCUUCCAGAGGAUAAGGCAGAUGCUUUCCGAUGAAUCAUCUUCUGUAAGAAGCUUGAUGUGA